AGGCAUAUUUUGACCUCGUCUGCCAGCACAGACCCGGAAAUCCUCGCCAGCCUCGACCUGACACUGCGGAAAAUCAUCCCUGUGCUCGGUGACACGACGCGCUGCUUCUCGUCGUCGUCGUCGUCGUCAUCGUCACUCGGCGAAUCCUCCCGACAGCAAUUCCGACUUCCGCUUUCGGCCAUCACUCGACAUCCGGGCUACAGCAGGGCCUCGUCUUCGUUAUACACUCAAAACGCCAGCGACGUUUUGGUCAGCAACUUGGCCAUCAUCACGCUGGACCGAAACGUCGUGCGGACUUUUGCCGUGCGUCCGGUUCCAGUGGAGACCGGAAGGAAAAGCGUCGCUUCCGGCAGGACCGUGAAAAUCGUUUACAUGAAAUACUUUGUUGGCAAGAAUGGACCAGACUUGGUGUUGAACGAAGGUCGGUUGUUCGUCCGUGGCUGUCGAAGCGAGAAGCUCUUUUUCCUCGAUCCUCCAGAGGACGCCUCCUUCGCGUCCUGCUUCACGUGGAGCUCGAAAACACCGUGCUGCAAUCUUAAUGAACGCGGGUCACCAGUCGUCGUGGGAGACAAUAAGGACAAUGUUGCGCUGGUCGGAUUGCAUCAAAUGAGCGACUGCGUGGAUCACCAAAAUGCCGUCACGGUCUUCACCAGCUCUUUCGUGCCAAAAAUGCACGCGGAUUUCGUGUGCAGAUUUGCUGAAACUUGUUUACUGGAUGGACGAGUGAUUUAAUCGCCAAAAGGCGUGAUUUCCAAAUGCCAAAGGGAUUUUCUUUCCGGGAAUUGAAAGUCGAAGUACGACUCAUGCGAUAUUUCGUGUUGGAAUACUGAGCUGGAGAGAUCAAAUAGACGUGAUUAAAAAUAUCAUAGAAUUAUGUUCUAUUAAUAAAUAAGUCACAGAAUUUAUUGUUUUAUACAGUAUAUGGAAUUAAUGACGAGGAUGCAAUUUACGGCUCAAAUUGUUUACGAUUAAAUUUCCAGAAUAGUUAACCUCUCAGAGGAAAAAUUUCAAACAUAACGAAAACAUUCUGAUUUGUAUGAAAUUGAGUCGACUCAAUGGCUGAGAAAUAAAUUCCUUCCAAUCAAAAAGUAUUGUGAAUAAUUUUUAAAUGAAAUGUCAGACAAUUUUUUCGAAUUAAAGCUCCCUUUUCUCAUUCAUUCAGCAGAAAAUGAGUUUCCGUAUUCAUUACCAACGAAGAUUUUUCGACUGCAAAUUUUUUUGUUGGCAUUCAGUGUCAAAUUGUAUGAUUUUUUUCAUAAUGGCUCAUUAUUGAAAAUCUGAACCGAAAAAAUACUUACCUCAUCGAACACAUCCCAUCAUGAACAUUUUUCUUUGGUUUUAAUUUCAUUUUUCAGCUGAAGAAAAAAUUCCCCCAUGAAAACACCUGCUGUCUUGUUGUCGACGCGAAUAUAAUGCGAUUGUAUAGAGAGAAAAGUUCGAGCUUUCGUUCGACCAUGGUGAAAAGAAAAAAAUACUGUAUAUAUAAAAAGUUCAACAGCCUUACCACGAAUUUCCCCUCGAUUUCACUUGAUUUUUUUUUCAGCCUUGAUGUUCUUCACUUGCCGACAGCAACACAGUUUUUCAUUCUCGUCGACAAAUGUCAAAGCAGUCAGUGUCGAGUGUCGAACAUAAGCGCAGGUCUCCAC